AUGGAAGAAAUCAAGAGCUUUGAUGUAGGGGCAUAUGAUUAUCUCAUUAAAAGGGACCCCAACUGUUGGUCAAGGGCUUUUUUUAAGGUUGGAAUGGGAUGUGAUGCAAUGGAAAAUGGUGUGUUUGAGAGCUUCAAUGUUGCUAUUGAAGAAGCUAGAAAGAAGCCAUUCAUCACUAUGUUGGAGGACAUAAGGGUAUUUGUGAUGGAGAGAUUGUACAUGCAGAAAGGGAAAGGAUUGGGCUGGGAUUUGGCAAUUUGUCCAACUAUCAAAAGUAAACUUGGUAAAAUAAAGAAGUUGAGAAGAUUAUGGGCAUCAUAUGUUAGUGGAUACAAGCAGUUUGAAGUUGUGCAAUGUAAUGAAAGGUAUGGUGUUGACUUGGGGAAGAGAGAAUGUGGAUGCAGAGGUUGGCAAUUGACAGGAAUUCCUUGUGUACAUGCCAUAUGUGCCAUAUCUUCCUUGAAUCUUGAUCCAGAGGAAUUUGUUGCAGAUUGGUUUACUAAAUCUGCAUUUCUUAGGGCCUACGAGUACACCAUAAAUCCCCUGAAUGAUAGUACCUUGUGGCCCCAAAUGCCUGAUUUUCACCAGAUACUACCUCCAGGAGGAGGUCCAAGUAAAGCAAGAAAGAAGAGUAAUGCAAGAAACUGUCCUUCACAAGCAGGUCCAAGCACUCCAUCUCCAAGUGCUCCAACACAUGUCAAUCAAGAUCCUUUGACUCAAGACCAUGUCCCUGUGAAUGAAGAUCCUGUAAAUCAGGAGAAUGUGAAUGAAGUUCCCAUCAAUCAAGAUCCUAUGAAUCAGGAGAAUGUGAAUAAGGAGAAUGUGCAUGAAGAUCCUGUGAAUGAAGUACCUAUUAACCAAGAUCCUGUGAUUCCAUUACCUGUUAACCAAGUGCCUGUGAAUCUUGGUGUUAGAGUGCCUAGGAGACAUGGUGUUAGAGCAAGGAAGCCUUCAGAGAGAAUCAACAAGAUACAAAUCAGGAAGCAUGUUUUCCGAAAGGAUGGCAAAGGAGUGACUGAGGACAACCACGUUACUUUAGAUUUAGAUUGA